UCCUCCACCUUUACUUUGUCAAUUUCUGCGCUUUCAUUGAAUUGCGUUGCAAGAGAGCUGCAUCGAUCCACAGCCUGCAGCAAUCCCAGCACGACAACGUACACUACUGUCCCUUAACAGAUGAGGACUACAUCAUCACACUGGUUUAUUAUCAACCGGGUGGACCAAAUUCGCACUUUCCCUGGAAGAAGUGAGAACCAACACCGUGGGAGAGAGAUUUCCCGUCGUAGAAGCGUCACUUCUCUGUAGUUGGCUAAUGAUUUUCAUUAAUUCCCAACUUGUCUUAAUCCACCGAGGACAAAACACAGCGAUGAUAAGACUUCAGGACGCUCAUGAGAGUUUUAUUUCGUCAUUUUAUCUCUGAAUUUCGACAUUAAGUGCACCACAACCGGGCAUUAAAAGGAUUAAAACCGAGAUUUGUGGGUUUUGUGAAAGGAAAUACAAUGCCGGACCAGAUCACAGUGGCGGAGUUUGUGGCGGAGACGAAUGAAGAUUAUAAAUCGCCCACCGCCUCAAACUUCACCACUAGAAUGACUCACUGCAGGAAUACUGUAACCGCACUGGAGGAGGCCCUGGAUGUGGACCGCAGUGUCCUUUACAAGAUGAAGAAGUCAGUUAAGGCCAUUUACGCCUCCGGUCUGGCUCAUGUGGAGAACGAGGAGCAGUACACUCAAGCUCUGGAGAAGUUUGGAGAGAACUGUGUGUACAGAGAUGAUCCUGACCUGGGAUCAGCAUUCCUGAAGUUCUCUGUCUUCACCAAGGAGCUCACAGCCUUAUUCAAGAACCUGUUUCAGAACAUGAAUAACAUAAUUACCUUCCCAUUGGACAGUCUGCUGAAGGGUGAUCUGAAAGGGGUUAAAGGGGAUCUCAAGAAGCCCUUUGAUAAAGCCUGGAAAGACUAUGAGACUAAAGUCUGCAAGGGACAUUCUUUACUGAAAGGUUCUAAAAUAGAGAAGGAGAAAAAAGAGCACGCCCGACAGCAUGGAAUGAUCAGGACUGAGAUCAGUGGAGCGGAGAUAGCAGAAGAGAUGGAAAAGGAGCGCCGUUUCUUUCAGCUUCAGAUGUGUGAGUACCUCCUCAAAGUCAAUGAGAUCAAGAUCAAGAAAGGUGUCGACCUGCUCCAGAAUCUCAUCAAAUACUUUCAUGCACAGUGCAACUUCUUUCAGGAUGGUCUCAAAGCAGUGGACAACCUCAAACCCUCAAUAGAAAAACUCGCCACAGACUUGCACUCGAUCAAACAGGUACAGGAUGAAGAACGCAGGCAGCUAACCCAAUUACGGGACGUGCUAAAGACCGCUCUGCAAGUGGAGCAGAAGGAGGACUCACAGGUUAGACAGAGCGCCACCUACAGUCUACACCAGCCCCAGGGCAACAAAGAACAUGGGACGGAGCGCAGCGGGAACCUUUACAAGAAGAGUGAUGGGUUGCGGAAAGUGUGGCAGAAGAGAAAGUGCACAGUGAAGAACGGUUAUUUGACCAUCUCACACGGGACGGCUAACAGACCUCCUGCCAAACUCAAUCUUCUCACCUGUCAGGUGAAGCACAACCCAGAGGAGAAGAAAAGUUUUGACCUCAUCUCCCAUGACAGAACGUAUCAUUUCCAGGCAGAGGAUGAACCAGAGUGUCAAAUAUGGAUCUCAGUGCUGCAGAACAGCAAGGAGGAGGCGCUCAACAACGCCUUUAAGGGUGACCAGCAUGUUGGCGAGAACAACAUUGUGCAGGAGCUGACCAAGGCCAUCCUGGGAGAGGUCAAGCGGAUGGCGGGUAACGACGUCUGCUGUGACUGCGGAGCUCCCGGUCCCACGUGGCUCUCCACCAACCUGGGCAUCCUGACUUGUAUCGAAUGUUCAGGGAUCCACCGGGAGUUGGGUGUGCACUACUCCAGAAUCCAGUCACUAACACUGGAUGUUCUCAGCACCUCAGAGCUCUUGCUGGCCAAGAACGUGGGGAAUGCUGGAUUUAAUGAAAUCAUGGAAGCUUGUUUGACAGCAGAAGAUGUGAUCAAACCAAAUCCGGCCAGUGACAUGCAGGCGAGGAAAGACUUCAUCAUGGCCAAGUACACAGAGAAGCGCUUUGCUCGUAAGAAGUGUCCUGACGCGCUGUCGAAGCUGCACACGCUCUGUGAUGCUGUGAAGGCACGGGAUAUUUUCUCUCUCAUUCAGGUCUACGCUGAGGGGGUGGACCUAAUGGAGCCGAUUCCUCUGGCCAAUGGACAUGAACAAGGUGAGACGGCCCUUCAUCUGGCCGUGAGACUGGUGGACAGAACCUCCCUUCACAUCAUAGACUUCCUCACCCAGAACAGUUUAAACUUGGAUAAGCAAACGGCUAAAGGAAGUACAGCGCUGCAUUACUGCUGCCUGACGGACAACAGCGAGUGUCUCAAACUUCUGCUGAGAGGAAAAGCCUCUAUAGACAUCGCUAAUGAGGCUGGUGAGACCCCGCUUGACAUCGCCAGGCGACUCAAACACCUGCAGUGUGAGGAACUGCUGAACCAGGCACUAGCAGGGAAGUUCAAUGCUCAUGUGCAUGUGGAGUACGAGUGGAGACUACAGCAUGAAGACCUGGAUGAGAGUGAUGAAGAUCUGGAUGAGAAGUCCAGUCCUCACCGGCGGGACGAGAGGCCCAUCAGCUGCUAUACACCGGGCAGUAAUUCCCUUCAGCCCAGUCCGGCCAGCCUGGCACGAGACGCACGAGACAUGGUCAAAGACAAGCAGCGAUUCGUGCCCAACCUGGUCAACAAUGAGACCUAUGGAACCAUUAUCAACACCAACUCACCGGUCACCCUGUCCACCUCUGCUCCUCCUCUACCACCCCGAAAUUUAGUACAACCGUCUGGUCUUUCUGGAAUGGCUCAGGGAUCGCCCGGUUGGAAACCUGGCUCCCUAGAUCUGACCGGCAGACAGAGAUCUUCCUCUGACCCUCCCAACAUGCAUCCCCCAGCGCCCCCCUUACGGGUCACAUCCACUUCCCUUCUUGUACCCAGCGGUGCUCCCCCUCCUGUGGCUAAAACUGCCAGUAUAAUGGAGGCCAAGAAUAUACAACCCAAACCCGGACAGGGGCCUCCUGGUCAGAACAUCAACCGAGCUACAAGCGCGGACAAAAACUUCAGUAAAAGCACACUGAUGCGCUCCGGAUCCAUCGAGAGACCAGGUAGAUGUCAGAGAAACCAUGUUAACUCUAAGGAAGUUCCUGGAGGCCCCCAAAACACCACUGGUCAAACUCUGCCCGCUACCCACAUGCCCAGGAAAACUUACCUGAAGCCGAAGCGUGUGAAGGCCAUGUAUAACUGUGUGGCUGAUAAUCCAGAUGAGCUGACGUUCUCUGAGGGAGAGGUCAUCGUGGUGGAUGGUGAGGAGGACCAGGAGUGGUGGCUGGGCCACAUUGAGGGAGAGCCAAUGAGAAGAGGGGCAUUUCCUGUCACAUUCGUGCAAUUCAUUAUGGACUGAAGGGCCGGAGAUCACGGACACUGAGUUGGACUGAUGACGGCACUUCUCUGCCUCUGUGUGGCCUCACUAACCAUCAUCAUCAUCAUCAUCGCUGUUCCCUUUGUCAUAAAGCUUGUCUUCACUGAGCUUCCACUAAUCCCUGCUCUCACCUGGCUUGAGCAGAGUCACUGGAAUAUAAAAGCUUCCUAGGCUUUGGAUUUUUCUUUUGUUUUUAAGUUUGUGGCCUAGAUAUGUUGCAGAACGACAGUUUGUUGCAAUAAAUGCACUUUUGACUUAAUUUAUCAUGACCACAAUGCUAAUGAGAUGAAUGUCACCAAGAUGAAGGUUUUUUGUCCGAGAUCAUUCACAUCCUUAUUCCUUUUAGACACAAUAGAUAGCGUAAGGUUGAUUUUGAAGUACAGUACCCAUUAUCUGUGAAUACAGUCUUAUUUGCCCACAUUCCAUGUCUGGCAAGGAAAGGCAGAAGGAUAAUCUGAGAAUCACUGACUUUCGAGGACUUGGUUGGAAAAGACAGCUUCGUCAAUGGUGCUAAGCCAGGAAUAUGCUACGAGAGCUGUCUGCUUACGGAGGGGGAGCUCCGAUGUUCCCAUUUUCACACUACCUGCCCCAGUGCUGAGUGUAUAAAUAGGCGUUCCACCACUCACAUCUGGGAAAUAUCUGAAGUGCACUGUGGAUGUGAGAGAUGGAGAAACAGACAGACAUAAGAGCGCUUUCGUGCUGGCUAAGGGACAGGGAACAUGGAGACUGAAUGAAAGUAAUCUUGACCCUGUACCUGCUGGGAGUUUUGAGCGCCGUGACAGUCUUCGUGAACAUUCAGUGGCAUCCAGGGAGAGGAAAGGAGCCAGUGAAGAGCAUCAAGGAGGUUUAUUUCUGUAUAGAUAUUUAUAAUUCUGAGCUGUCCUUCUGUGUUCUUGAUUUAGAUGCUCUUAUUGAUUUUAAUGAUCUUCCUUCAGUGUGUAGGCUGUUUGCCUCGAGAGGCCUGUGCAACGGUGUCAUUUCUCAACUGGCUCAUUUUUUCUUAAAGCGAUAGACCAAAAAUGAAAAUUUGGUCAUUUACUUACCUUCAUGUUCUUUCAAAUUGUGCAAAAGAGCAUGUACUGCACAAUGUCCAGAGUGCUUUUUCAUAAUGGGGACUGUUAAUGUUAGGCACUAUAAAAGUGAUCCAUAAGAUUAAUUUGCUAUAUUCCAAGUCUUCUGAAGUCCUACUGUAACUUUGUGUGAGAAACAGACCAAUAUUUAAAGGGAAAUUAUUUACUCAUACUUACGUCAUUCCAAACCUGUGUAACUUACUUCUGUGGAACACAAAAGAAGAUAUUUUGAAGAACAUGGGAACCAAACAUUGGAGCACACUGACUUCCUUUGUAUGGACAAAAACAACAUUUCUCAAAAUAUCUCCUUUUUUGUUUCGCAGAAGAAAGUCAUACGGGUUUGGAAAAACAUGAGGGUGAAUAAAAAGACAUAAUUUUCAUUUUUGGGUGAACUAUCCUUUUAAGUUGUUAUUUGCUAAAAAUUAAACCUGGCUUGACAUGAAAAACAAUUGACAUCUAGCUUGGUACAUGUCAUAUUUGAAACAAUCAAGUUUGAAUGAUAUUUGAGAAAUGUGGUCAAGGGGGAAGGUACUGAGUGAGUAACAAUUUUAAUUUGUCUGUUUUAGUCAACAUAUGGGUUCAGCGUAUUUGGAAUGCAGUGCAUGUGUCAUAUGGACCACAUUUACAAUUUAUCUUGUAGUUUUUUGGGAGCUUGACACGUUCGUCUCCACUAUGGUAAAAGCAUUGACAUUGUUCAAAAUUCGUUCGAAGAGUCACACAGGUUUAAAAUGACAUGAAGGUGAGCAAAUGAUGACAGUGUUUUCAUUUUUGGGUGAACUAACACUUUAAGACUGAAUAGUGAAUAGUAUUUUUUUUAGCUUGAGAGCACUAAAACCUAGUCAUUUUAACAGAUUCCAAGGUGUCAGUUUAAGAUAUGAAUUAUACACUGGUCAGCUAAAAAAAGUCGCUGUUUGGAUUUAAAUAGGCAAAUACUUAAAGGCAUAAUAUGUAUGAUUUUUGGAUUAAAAUAUCCAAAAACCACUAGAACAAUGUUAUAUAUUUUAUUGACUUGUGUACUUACAUUAUCCCAAAUGUUUCCAAGAAUGUUUAAAUCCAGAGAAAUAAUCAAUUUUAACCAGGACACGGAACGUAUCCGUGCGUCGCCUAUCAAUGAUAUCAUACCCGUGUUACCCUCGAUUUCCGAUUUUAUUUUGUAGAAACCAUGGAAACACCAAAGACGCUUUUAUAUAUUAUGUGUUUUAUUAGACAGGUGAGCAACUGUUUGGAUACAUUCAUCGACAGAAAACUAAUCAUGUUAUAUAGCUAAACACAGUAAGUCUUAUUGUUUUAAUCUCGUUUCCUUGAUUUACCGUGAGUACCAUGUUUUACCAUGACAUAUCGAUCUAGCUUACUGCAGUGUGCAACAAGUGUCUCAGCAUCUGCCGUGUAAACGCACAGAGUAAUGUUAUAACAUCAUUUUCACACUUAAAUGUAUCUAAUAUGAUAAACAGCGCUGCGUUUAUCCACAUACCACAUACGCUUGACUGGAAGAAGAUCUCCCAUGAUUUUGCGCUCAAUCUCGGCGUCAUCAAGCUACGCCUUUGUUUUGAAUAGGUGACCUCUAGCGGCGAAAAAUUACAUAUUGUGCCUUUAAGGGUCUAUGAUUCAAUCAUAGACCAUGUAGGAAGACAAAUCAUAGCACCUCUGAGUCCAGACCUUAAAGGGAUAGUUCACCCAAAAAUGAAAAUUCUGUCAUCAUUUACUCACCCUCAAGUUAUUCCAAACCUGUAUGACUUUCUUUCUUCUGCUGAACACAAAGGAAGAUAUUUGGAAGAAAGUUUGUAACCAGGCUGCUUUGGGGCACCAUUGACUUUCAUAGUAGGAAAAAAAUACUAUGGAAGUCAAUAGUGCCCCAGAACUGUUCAGUUUAACACAUUCUUCAAAAUAUCUUCCUUUAUGUUCAUCAGAAGAAAGAAAUGUAUACAGGUUUAGAACAACUUGAGGGUGAGUAAAUGAUGACAGAAUUUUCAUUCAGAAUUAUCCCUUUAAAUUCAUUGAAAGUCUUUGGGAUGUGCUGGAGGAGACUUUACAGAGUGCUCACCUCUUGCAUUGUCAAUACAAGAUCUUGAUACAAGACCAAUAAUUGAUGUACCUCUUACUUUCAAUGAAUUUAAGGUCUUGACUCCAAGUGCCAUGAUGUGUCUUCCUACAUGGUUGUUUAAGAAAUGAAAAGCUACACACUCCAUCAAAGAACCAUUGCCAAACGUAUAACAUGCUAGAAACAUAAUAAUCACUGCAAUAAUGAUCCAGUCAUAAACUCUUAAGUAUUUGCCUAUUUAAACCCAAACAGUGACUUGGCAGUGUAUGUAUUUACACCGACCAAGAUGUGCCCUGAAUCUCCCAGCUUUGGUUGGCCAGAUAGGUGUUCCCUGUACCAGUAAUAUCUCUGCAUCUCUUACUUUUUCUAGCGCUCUAAUUGUAUUCCAGAGGAAAUUAAAAUCCCUCAUGUCAUUUUCCCCUCACAACACUUCUCUUAAUCCUUUCUAAAGCUUUGAAAUGCUCAUCCUGUAACUGUGCAGGAGCGUUUUUAAUGUCAUGAGUGUUUGAUGUGGUUGCAGAGCAACUUAAUAGAGUCUGUUAUGUAACUUUUAAUUACAGUCAUGUUAGUCUUGAUUGAGCUCGGACCAGAGUGAUCUGUAACUCGGGCAGUGACGGGAUAAUUACUAUCCUGUGUUCAGUUCACUGUAUACAGACGGCACCUGGCCGGCUGUGAUUGUAAAUAAAUGUAGACUUUGCUUUGUGCAUAUUUAAUUGUAAACAGAGAGCUAAACUGACAAUGACUGAUGUUUUGUUAGAUAAGACUGUUACACUUAACUUAGAUGAAAACAACCUCUAUUCACCCGUUGACCAUAAACAUCAUUGAUGCUAAUAUAUAAAUAUAUGUACAAAUAAAUGGGAAAACUGGAAUUAAAAAAAAAACAACAACAUGCAAAUAAAUUUCUUGUUCAUGUGUUGCAUUA